GCUUUUGCUGACUGCGUCUUCGACGUUUGCAACAGUGGCAAUGAAGCUGAUGCCGAAGCUGCUGCUGACUGCUCUGACGCUUGUGGAGCAGACCUUUGCACCGCGGAGUCCAUAGACAAGAUGUUCAAUACUCGAGGUCCUGAGUUGAAGCGACUCGUCAAAGUUUGCUUCGGGGUCGUGAUCUGCUUCUGCAGCUCCUCGGGGCCUGUCACAGGUGAUCGUCACAUUACGACACUGCAUGGGGAUCAUUAUACCCUCCUGAAGCAACGCACAUUCUUGGCCUGGAGUUUCCGGAAGACGAGCUUCAACUCGGGUAUCCAACCAGUGGAGUGGCAACUCUUGGCCUCCUACUCUGGGGCCAGGUUCACCACUGCGGGGCUGCUGCUCAUUGACCACACAUAUAGCGUCAUGGAGCUGACGGCAAAGGAUUGCCAAUGGCGUGGAAGACAGUCAGGAGGUGAAUGGCACAAUGCUACAGUGGGUGUUGAUGGAGAGGACCGUCCCGCAUAUGUGGAGGUGAUUGCCUUGAACAGGACCAUCAAGGGCCAUCUUCACAUUGAAUCCGUGAUGAAGUUGAAGAUGAAAGAGGAAGACCAAACGAACAGUGUGGCAGAACUUGUGACUCACUGCAAGCCAGGUGAACGCCUGGACUUCAAAGUGCGCAUGUACGAUCAAGAUGAUCUUGAUCAUGUGGGAGGUGAGUUGGGAGCUCCCAAACACCGCGCAGAGAAACAAGUCAGCUUCCUCUCGUCCAAGCACAUCAACAUGAAGACAGACUCUGAGUUUGAGGUCCCAACGGCGUGGUUGACUUUGGGCGGCAGUGAAGAGGCAGACUCUUAUUUGAAGACCAGGAUGCAAGCUGGAGCCGAAGUCGGAGUCUCCUUGCUGCAAAGUUGCAGUGAAGCCGAGCGGAUUUGUGCAAAGCACCUUGUGGACCUUGAGGAAUCAGAG